GUUCGACGACGCUGAUCUGCGAACGGGAGUGUGUCUGAUGUCAGUCUGCUGAUCCGCAGGCGGUGCCAGAGUUUGUGUCGAGAGGAUUCAGAGCAAAUUUGUUCCCCGGGGGUUCCAAGUCUGCGGAGAUUUCAUGAAUUUUGCUCGACCGUCGUGGAAUUCGGGAGAAAGCUGGAGCUGAUUCUGUGAGCCUCGCGUCUUGUGCCUCUCGAUUGGAAUUUCGUUGUCGAGCUCGGCAGAGCCAAUAAAUUGUCGGGCCGUUUUCUUGGCUCGUACAAGCCAUCGAAUCGGUUGGUUGGUUUGGCUGAUUGGUGUCAUCUGCGUGGAGUGAUCUGUGAACUUUCGAUUGGAAAAAAGACGCCGAGGGAGUCAUGCCAUUUGGACAGAUUGUUAUCGGUCCGCCCGGGUCUGGGAAGACCACCUACUGCCAUGGACUGUCCCAUUUCUUUGAGCUCAUCGGCAGGAAGACUGCGGUUGUCAACCUCGAUCCUGCAAAUGAUACCUUACCAUACGAGUGCGCUGUCAACAUCGAGGAAUUAGUUAAGCUGGAAGAUGUGAUGUCGGAGCAUAACCUGGGGCCCAAUGGAGGUUUGGUCUACUGUAUGGAUUAUUUGGAGAAGAACAUUGACUGGUUGAAAGCGAAGCUGGAACCUUUUAAAGAUCACUACUUGCUGUUUGAUUUUCCUGGCCAAGUGGAGCUCUUUACAUUACACAAUAAUGCAAAGAAUGUGAUCACGGAGAUGGUUAGGAAAUGGGACUAUCGGCUUACAGCCGUGCAUUUAGUGGAUGCCCAUCUUUGCAGUGACCCUGGAAAGUACGUCGGAGCACUGCUUCUAUCAUUAUCAACAAUGUUGCACUUGGAGCUUCCGCACAUCAAUGUUCUCUCUAAAAUCGAUCUUAUAGAAAGCUAUGGCCAACUUGCCUUCAACUUGGACUUCUAUACGGACGUUCAAGACCUUCAAUACCUUCAGUACCAUCUUAGUGAAGAUGCUCGGUCUGCAAAGUACAGAAAGCUAACGAAGAACCUGUGUGAAGUCGUUGAAGACUUUGGUCUGGUUAAUUUCACAACCCUCAAUAUACAGGAUAAAGAAAGUGUUAUGGAUCUUGUGAAACUGGUUGACAAAAGCAACGGGUAUGUCUUUUCUGGCAUUGAAGGCAACAUCAGCGCUUACAUGAAGAUUGCUGCGGGGCCGACGAAUUGGGAUUACUACAGAACAGCUGCAGUGCAAGAAAAAUACAUGAAGGGCGAUGCAGAUCUUGAAACCAACAGGGGCACCCCCAGUUGAAUCAUUAUGUCUACGACACACGAUGACGUCAUUCGUCGAUGCUGUCAAGUGUUUUUUCUUCGACAGCCUUGACAAUUCGGUCCUCAUAUUUGUAAAGCUUUCUGACGGCCUAGUCGAAUCACCUCCUUGAACAACGAAAUCACGAGGUUGCUAUUUCCCGGAGCAGCCAUUCUUUGUGAUUUGCGGAUCGCUGGUAUACCAGUGAUCCGUUGGAGUCUUUACUUGCUGAUGUUGGUCCCCAUAAACAACGAAUUAUUAGUUUUCGGAAGUGUUGCGAUAGCUUUCCCGUGUUUGAAGGGUUUGUACUAAGCAAAUUGUGGGAUCUGUAAAAAAUCAAUAGUAGAGAAGUCUUCUUCUGAAUAUGUUGGCCUGCGAGCAGCGCAUGAACAAAUAAAUGUCUAUGUAGAGACAUGUAAAGAUUGCAGUGAGUAGACGCCGGAACAAGGAUUGACAAGAAAAAAUGUACUUUCUGCUGCACUCUUUUAUCGUCCUCGGGUGUCAAAUCAAUCUAUUCCAAGUAAACCCGAUCGUCAAGGUAUGUCUAAUGCUGAUGGCUCGUUGUAGCUUCUGCGAUCUUUUCAUGUUUUAGCUAUAGACGAUUAUGUUAUCAAUUAAAGUCGAUUUCG